UAGUCUUGUUACUGCAGCGAGCGCAAGUGUUUUCAUUCGCUUUUUGGUUAAUUGCCUUUCAAAUUUCAUUGGAUAGAAUUUGCUUUUUUCUUUGUUCUCUAUUUGUCUAAAUUGGCAUUUGUUUGUGAAAUAAUUCUUCUUUUCAAUUUAAUUGAAGUCUAAUUUUUGAAAGAAUCAAUCAAAAUGACAGGACACGGGUCGGAUUCAUCGAAUACAACCGAAGAAGCGUUAAAACUAAUUCGACGCUCACUUAAAUCAAACAGCAUGGAUCGAGUUGAAGGCGCUCAUUUUGAUGGUUCAUAUCCUCACGUAUUCAUUACGUUUGGUGCAUCGGGUGAUUUGGCAAAAAAGAAAAUCUAUCCAACAUUAUGGUGGUUGUUCCGUGACAAUUUGUUGCCAACCGGCACCAUUUUUUAUGGAUAUGCUCGCUCCAAAUUGACGACAGCCGAGCUUCGUGCCAAGUGUGAUCCAUACAUGCAAGUCAAAUCUGGCGAACAAGCUCGAUACGAAGAAUUCUGGCGUUUGAAUUAUUACUUCGCUGGAGGCUAUGACUCUCGUCGUGACUUUGAACUUUUGAACCAGGAAAUUAAAAAAUUCGAAAAUGUACCACAUGCAAACCGUUUAUUUUAUUUGGCACUUCCACCAUCGGUUUUCGAUUCGGUAACGGAAUUGAUCAAAGCCACUUGUAUGGGUGAAAAAGGUUGGAAUCGUGUGAUCAUUGAAAAACCAUUCGGCAAAGAUGCGGAUUCAUCAAAAAAAUUGAGCGAUCACUUGGGAAAAUUAUUCUCGGAAGAACAACUUUAUCGUAUCGAUCACUAUUUGGGAAAAGAAAUGGUACAAAAUUUGAUGACCAUUCGAUUUGGAAAUAAAAUCUUCAGUCCAACAUGGAAUCGUGAGAAUAUUGCUGCCGUUAUGAUAACAUUCAAAGAGCCAUUUGGAACCGGUGGUCGUGGUGGUUAUUUCGAUGAAUUCGGCAUUAUUCGUGAUGUGAUGCAAAACCAUUUGUUGCAAAUUCUAUCGUUGGUUGCUAUGGAAAAACCGGCCUCAUGCCAUCCGGAUGACAUUCGUAAUGAAAAAGUAAAAGUGUUGAAGAGUAUCGAUAACAUUAAGCUGGAAGAUACGGUUUUGGGUCAAUAUGUUGCCGAUCCAAAUGGUGAGGGUGAAGCUAAAAUGGGAUACAGAGAUGAUCCAACCGUUCCGGCUGGCUCAACAACACCAACUUAUGCGUUGGCCGUGCUACGCAUUAACAACGAACGUUGGGAUGGUGUUCCAUUCAUCUUACGAUGUGGCAAAGCACUUAAUGAACGCAAAGCCGAAGUUCGUAUUCAGUAUCACGAUGUUCCCGGCGAUAUUUUCGAAGGAAAACCAAAACGUAAUGAAUUAGUUAUUCGUGUACAACCAGGAGAAGCGUUGUACGUUAAAAUGAUGACCAAAUCACCCGGCAUCACUUUCGAUAUGGAAGAAACUGAAUUGGAUCUUACAUAUGGAUGCCGUUAUAAGGAAGUUAAAUUGCCUGAUGCAUAUGAACGUCUCAUUUUGGAUGUAUUCUGCGGAUCUCAAAUGCAUUUCGUUCGUUCAGAUGAGCUGGAGGAAGCUUGGCGGAUAUUCACACCACUAUUGCAUGAAAUCGAAUCGAAACAGGUGCCACCAAUUCCAUAUGUGUACGGUUCACGUGGUCCAAAGGAAGCAAAUGAAAAAUGCACCGAAAACAACUUCAAAUACUAUGGAUCAUACAAAUGGAAACCAAAGCAACCAUGAUCAAUACACCAACAUACUUAUAUAUAUUUUAUUUACUACACAUUCCUAACAAAUUUGACCGCACAUCGGAUACCUAAGGAUAUUUUAAUUAGACAUAAUAUUUCAUUGAAAAAAAAAGUUUAAACAAGACGAUUCAUGAACGUUCGCACCACGGAAACAAAAUUGAUGCGUUAAGUUUAACCAAAAACUGUCUCAAAGUCACUGUGAUUAUCAUAAUUCCAAUGCCGAGAUCACAUGCUCAACCAAUGUAUUCGGCGUGCGAUCGGACAAUAUGAGAAAAUAAGACAAUUUUGAUAUCGUUUUUAUAAUCGGUCGCAUUCUCUAGGUUCGAAUAUGGUUUUUCCAUACGUACAAAAAUUAACCCGCGCGCUCUUAUGGUUUUUCUUUUUUUUAGUAGACAUACGCAAGCAAGUAUUUUGUUUCAGAAUUUAUUGUUUGUUUAGGAAUUUUGUUGGAUUUUUUUGUUUCAAUAAAGAAUCACUUUACUUUUUACUUUGCAUAUACAAA